UUUUCCCUCAAAAAUAAGAGAGCGGAGAGAGUGAGUAAGAAAGAAAGGGGGAGGGGAGUGGCAUCUGGGUGAAGGAGUGAACCAUACAGAGAGAGAGAGAGAGAGAGAGAGAGAAAGGGGGGACCAAAAAGAGGAGGAGAGAGGGAUACACUUCUCAGAUUUGGAAGAUUUCCCUUGAGCUUCAAAACACUGAAGAACCGGAAACAAUGGCUUUCUUAUUAAUGACAGUGACAGUGCUGCAUUUGAUCACCCUGGCCAUGCUGUUCAUCGCCACCAUGGAGAAGUCGUGGUGGACGCUAGACGAUGUGGAGAACGUAGAUCUCUGGCAUAAGUGCAUACACGACAACAACACAGAUACAUGGCUGUGUGCCUCUACUACAGAAAACGAAUGGCUUCAGUCAGUGCAGGCCCUCAUGGUCCUCUCAGUGGUCCUCUGCUCCAUCUCCUUCCUGGUGUUCCUGGGUCAGCUCUUCACCAUGUCUAAAGGAGGACUCUUCUACUUCACUGGUCUCUGCCAGGUCUUUGCAGGUCUGUCAGCGUUCGCUGCUGUCCUCAUCUACACCUUCCAGCGGGAGGAGAUCCUACAGGACAUCCGGGACCCGAGCAAGGGCCGGUUCGGCUACUGCUUCAUCCUGGCCUGGGUGUGUGUGCCGCUGCUCCUCUGCAGCGGGGUGCUGUACAUGCACCUGAAGAAGAGUGUGAAAGCUUAAACUGGGACAGAGACUAAACUGUACUUACGCUGGAUAAUCUGCUUUCCAUUAGUCCAACUGGACACUUUAUACACAUACUCUCUAAUGCUUAUAGGCACGGGGGGAUCCUGUGCUCGGGACCACCAAUAGAGACUCAAGCUGACUGGUCUGCUGACAUUUAAAGACAUACUGCAUGGAGCUUGUGCUUCAUAAUAUUUACUGGCUUGAUGCAAAAGAUGCUUGAUGCUUAUCUAGUGCAGAAUAAGCUGUGCAUCCCAAAAAAUAAUAUACACAGUAAUUGUGCGAUCCACAAUUACUGUGUAUAUAUUUCACAUAAUGGAAUAAUUGUAUCUACUACACAGAGCAAUCUGACACUGUAUCCAUGUUAAACUCUGGGCUUGUGCAUUGCAUGCUGGGUACACAUGUUUUUUUUAAGCUGUGUAACUUUAUCACCUCUCUAUUGUUUUCAGUAUUAUACAAUCUGACCCCUGUUAUGAAACUGUAUAGUACUGUAUGGCAGUUCAGGUGUAGCUGUCUUUGCUGUUUCUGAAGACAUUUCUCUGUUAAACAGUAUGCCAUCCAUUGCCUAUGUAUGAUUUUCUGCAUAUUUUUUUAUAUAUUUCAGUGAUUAAUCAGCUCAUCGAUAUGUAAAUAUACUGUAUGUUCAUGUAUAAGAAAAGUGCCAUAAAUCUGAAUUUACACCGGUU